AUGAAUGAAAAUGUUGGUAAUACGAAGUUCGGUAAUAGCAAUUUGAUAAACGUUGUUUCUAAUCCUGUUGGUAAUAAUACUAAAAGUUUUACCAAUAUUGCGGACACGAUUUUAGAAAAAGUGGAUUUAAACACACGACUCACUAAAACAAAAAAUGCUUAUACUGAUAAUAGUAACAGUGGUGUUGUUAGUUUUGAAAAGAUAAAUAAUACAUGUGCAUACACUAAGAAUUUGAACAGAAAUUAUGACUAUACUUACAAAUCUGUAUUGACUAAUCCAUAUUCCAUACCAAUGGACUAUGAUAAGUCAGAUGAGGAUAUAAAGAUUUGCAAUAAAGAUAAUGAUACUGCUGAAUCUCCUUCAGCAGUAAUAUUUAGCCUGAAAAGACACAAAAUAACGCAAAAGCUUGAGACUAGUAAACCAUUAUGCCAGAAUAAUAAUGAAGGAGGAAUCAAAUUGAAUAAUAAAACAUUCUGCAGUGGUGUCGAAAAUGAUACUAAUAACAACAACAACAAUACUAAUAAUACUAAUAAUAAUAAUAAUAAUAACCGUGUUAACAAGAACAAAUUAAAAUUUGGGGUGCCUCAAGUAAUUGAUUUUGAUAAUAAAUUGCCGGUAUUAGAUAUUUCAAACAAGAUGCACAAAAUCUUUGGGGAAAAGAGGGGGUCAAAUAGCUAUUUUGAUGAAAGCCAAGAUUUCGAUAUGGAUAUAGAUACUUUUGAUACUGAGAAUUAUAUCACUUUUCCUGUUUAUGCUACUAACAACAAUGAUAUAAAUGCGACUAAAAACAUCAAGAAAAAUAUGGCCUCUGGUUCCAUACUCAAAGACACACAGAGUCAGGCGAGCUUCGAAGGUGGCAAUAAUAAUUAUAACGACAUUAUCUCCAGGAAUUUGAACGGUAAUCACAACACGAGUAAGGUUAGUAACAAUGAUAUUAUUUCUCAUUAUUCUUUAGAUAAAAAGCUUUGUGACAUUAAAAUGCUGAUCUACAGAUGUUUUGAGCUAUUAGGAAUGGCGCAUACCGUAAAUAUGGCCGUUUUCAAAAUUCAAGAAAGUAAAAUUGACAAUUCUAAUAACACUACCAUAAAAAAUAGUGAAGAUAUUGAUGCAAUUUUAGAGUUUUUGAUAAUUUAUUUAAAUAUCUUAUCAAAGACCAUUCCCAAGGGAUUGAAAAAAAACAGGGAGAACUAUGCAAGUAAUAAUGACAAUAAUGGAGGGAACAAUAAAAAUUGUAUGAUCAUUGACGGUGAGAAUGAACGAAAAAGAAUAUUAAAUGAUAUGUGUGUCAAAGAUUUAAAAAUUUGUAGUUUACAAAAAAUUAUUGAUCUGCAAAAGAUCAAAUUGGAAAAUACUGUGGACCAAGUAAAUAAUUUAGAAUUUGAUAAAAGAGAAAUAGAAAGUAGGACUGACAAAAAAAUCAAUGAGUUGAAAGAACUAUUGGAAAUUUACAAAAAUGGGUUGCAAAACCAAAAGAUAAAUAGCUUACAACUAAUUUCCAAUUUGAAACAGGAUUUCCAAAUUAAUUAUAAAAAUUUGGAAACAAAUUACUUUAAUCAGUUGAAUUUCCUACAGAAUGAAAAACGGCAAUUGAUUUUGAAAAAUGAUAGACUAACUAAUAACAUAAAAAAUUUGAAUAAUGAAAAUACCGAGCUACUAAAAUCUCUACAGUCAAAAAAUGUUAAAAUUGAGGAUACUAAUAAAAAAAUAAAAAAGUUGGCCAUCCAAUUAAAGGAAAUUAAUAAUCAGUUGCCUUGA